AUGUCUCAAAAAGGCUGUAUUGAUUUGCUUUUGAAAGGCAGAAGAUACCAUUCAGAGCUUCUUGACUUUGGCACGUCCAGCAAUUCACGCAGCCUCUUACAAGGGAACAGCCACCUACACAAAUAUGUAUUGGACCACUCCAUACGCGAGCACCCUCUUUUAAAGAAGCUGAGAUUGGUUGCAUCAGCCCUUCCUGACAAACAACUGUGGGUGUCUUGUGAUCAGGCCCAAUUUGUGGCAAAUCUGAUCAGGGUUAUUGGAGCCAAAAAGGUAAUUGAGAUAGGAGUUUCUGCUGGAUACAAUACUUUAAACAUAGCUCUAGUCCUACCAGAAGAUGGCAAAAUUGUUGCCUGUGACAUAAAUGAAGAUUUGGCCAAUACUGGAAAGCCAUUGUGGAAAGAGGCCAGAGUGCUACAUAAGAUUGAUCUAAGGAUAAAACCAGCCAUUGAAACGUUAGAUGAACUUCUGGCAAACGGUGAAACUGGAACAUUUGACCUUGCUUUCAUCCAUGCGGACGAAGAGAGUUACGACGAUUACUACGAGAAAUGUUUGCGGCUUGUAAGAAAAGGGAGGAUAUUAGUUCUUGACAAUGUUUUGUUAUCAGGGAGAGUACUUAAACCAGGUAAAAGUGACCACACAGCCGAACACAUUCAUCAGCUGAAUGAAAAAAUCUUCCGUGAUCCACGUGUGAACAUAACACAAAACAGCUCCAGCCCAAAACUGGACGGCCGUGUCACCAGUCCUCGUAUCCUUGCACUGUUGCAACUCCCGGCUGAACGACGGUGCCCUGAUUUGUGGCUGUGCAAACUGUUACCGACAUAUGGAUUGACUUGGGUGCCAAUUAGCCAGCAGAAAAAACAUCCGUCAACCAAGGUGUUGCCGUGGGAGUGGAUCGGAAGCCUUUGUACAAUUUGGGAGCUUUGCCAGGUUUUUUAGGCCAGUUGUCUGCCCCUCUUCCCACACCCCAUUUGAGCAACAGAUUCUAAUGUAGAUUGUGGCAGCAGUGGCUUCAGGAGAUACAACUCAACAUGCAGACACAAGCUGAGGACGCCAGCUGAAGGACUAUUUUAUUGUAUCAAUUUACCCUACUCAGCACGUGGUUCCUGUUUGAGUUCCCUGAAACCAACUUAACAAGGAAAGAGGCGGAAGGGGCAGGACCAAACGAAAAAGGAGCUACAUACCCCUCACCCCUUUGUAACUGCAUGCAUGGCAACAAAGCAGUUCAUUCUGUUGCCUGCAGAAGACGCCUCUGAGUCUGGCUCUUGUAGGAUCCUGGGGGAAGGUUGCAUCAGCCUCUCGCCUCACCGCAGGAUGGGGUGGGGGGAGCAUUCAAGUUUAAGGACUGGUGUCUUCCCCAUUACCUAUCUGAGGUUAACUCGAGCUGACACCCUGUAUGUUUCUGUCCCAAGCGCUUCACAAAUGCUGCCCUUGUUCACUGGUAGUCUAAGGCACACCUUUCUUGCAAUGUCAGGGCUUCUGCAAUGCCCCUUUGUCAUCUUUAUUUGGGUCCUCUGAGAUUGUGCGCCCUGGGGAUGAGGACAUGUCAUUUAAAAAAUUGCAGCUUUUAAACUAUCAAUCCAUUGCUCUUCUUUUAGCUAAGUAGAACUGCAGUGCGGAUGGGGGGUAGGGGGGACUGGCCUUGAUCAGGAGGGCUCAGAGGAGCUAUGACUGGCAUCUGAUAGAAGUCCUCUUGCAAUCCAAAGAUACUGUUGCCUGAACUGCAGUGCAUACAGGUAGUCCUCAUUUAGCAACUGCCUCAGACAGUGACUGUUCACAGUUAUGAGGAUGAUGAAAAAGUAACU